ACAAAAAAAAAAGGCGCACACGCUGCUGGUGGUUUGCGGUGUGAAGUGGGGUGUAUUCACAGCUAACUUCCAACUUCAGAUAGAAACAUUGUCAUUAUUAACUUCAGACUACCGACCUGUUCGGUAUAGCAUAGCUCAAUGGGUUGCACGUCGAAGGAUAUCCAGCAACAAAGGAGCAGCUUUCAUGGGUCCCCUUCACCAAGGCUGGCAAAUGGUUACAUUCUACCUGAGGGCAAACUGACUCCCAACACACUUUUUGUUGGUGGGAUUGACAUGAAGGUGGAUGAAAAUGAAAUCCGAGACUUCUUUGCAAGGUUUGGUGCUGUAAAGGAAGUAAAAAUCAUCACUUACCGAGGGGGAAUUUGCAAAGGGUACGGGUUUGUGUACUUCAGUGAAGACGUCAAUGUCCAGACAAUCAUUGAGCAACAGAUCAGUUUCAAGGGACGGAAACUCAAGUUGGGCCCUGCCAUCAUGAAAGAAAGGAGCCCUCGGUCUUUGCCACCUCGCCUGGUUGGUCCGGCUCCCUGGAUGAGCCCCACCCCCUACAUCUACUGCGCCUGCUGCUCGCCUGUGGGAGGGGGCAUGGCACAACCCCCACCCCUGCUCAAUGGAGGAAACCCCUACUCUCAGCCUUACUCCUAUUCCAGCUUUGCAGGAGUCAUGAUCCCGCAGAUGCCCAUGAACUACGCACAGAAUACCUACGCCUACCAGUACACUCCUCCUCACUGGACUGUGGAUCAGAGCACACGGCCUGUCAAUCAGAGCUUUGUGGACUGUGGAGUCCAGACUUUGCUGACUGUGCUGUAGUCCACAGCCCACUGAGCCAGGGUUGGCUCCAAUGAGUCCAGAGACAGAUGACGUCCAGGACAACUGGAAGCAACACAAGACUUGCCGCAGUGUUUUCAGAACGCCCUCCUGUCAUCUCCUUCCCUACCUUUUUGAGACCCAUUUUAACACACAGACUGCGGCCACUCGCCAUCAUCACUUCUACUUGAUUGGUCACGGUCCCAUCCAAUCAUGGCCAUGAUUGGAUGGGACAACAGUCUUGUGGUUGAACCACUUUUAAGCCUCAUGGAUCACAGCUGGUCACACUGAAAGAAGAGCACCCUCACUGCACUAGCCAAUAGGAGGGCUCACCAUUUCUCCUUGUUUUUCUUUUUUGUCUUUUGUUAAUUAUUCUAAGCCAAGAUUUGAAGAGACUUUUAAGGUCACACUCUGUACCUAUUUAUAUUUUAUGUUUUAUUAUUUAUGUUGGAAUUAUUUUAAAUGUUUGGUGGGGAUUUCUGUCCUCUGCAAAGGCUCUCUGUACUAGAACAUACAUAGACACACACACAUAAAUAUAUAUAUAUAUGUGUGUGUGUGUGUGUGUGUGUGUAUAUACACACACAUACACACAUCUUCUGAUUAAGAAACUUCAUUAACUCAUCCUAUGUAACUCAUCCUAUGUGGCACAAUGGCACUUGGUCACCACAUGUUUUCGAGCACUCUUUAUUGUGUGCUCUUUAUUUUAUUUCACUGGGUGUCACCUAAGUUGGUAAAUUGACUUAAUUCCAAUUUUGCCACCUUCUUUUAGUUUGUCAUCAGCAUCACUGAAUUCCUGUCUGUCCUGGUCAAACACCUGAGUUUCAGUUUGAGUCACAGAAUGGGUAUUACAGCACAAUGAUGAUCCGUCAGCUGAUUGCACUUUGUGAAAUCACCCGUCACGUGACUGAUAUUUGGGAAACUGUUCUGAGCUUUCAUGCUUGAGGAGAAUCACAACAUCAGUUUUCCCAGUAGUCAUCAAUCAAUCAACUUAAUUAUAUGGAAGAGAGUAGAAAACUGUUUUAAUCCACUUUAAAAUGAAGGACAUGAUUUGGGUUUCAUUACAUCUGCAUUGUUAAGAAAAAAAAAAGUUCGCUGUAUACAUAGUUCACUGCACUAGUUUCUCCCUUUUGCACUUUUUGGGGCUUUACAUGACACAUUUUAGUGACAUAAGUGAUAGAUACAAAAGUAUGGCAUGUGCACUUUAGACAUUUAAUUCUGAGAUGCACAUUUGGCAUUCAGGGUACAGCAUAGGUUUUUGUUUCUUCCCUCUGACCCAGUUGUGCAUAGUUUUAUUUGGGUGGUGUCAGGGUCCUUGUUCCCUGCCUGUGUACUGCAGUUAAGAAAUCUGAUUGUAUUGAUAUAACUAUUCUUACGAGAGCCUUGGGAUCUCACUGUUUAGUUUGGUAUAUUUGUUACUGUUGAGGUGUUCUGGGGUUUGGAUGUUAGCGUUUGAAAAAAUAAAACUUGAACCUAAAUUAUAACUCAAGCUGUUGCAGAGGGUGAUUGUGAAGGUUUUGUUUUUGUUCUGUUGCUUGUUCUUACCUUUCCAAAGGUGAGGUUGAUUCUAACGGUACAUUUGGCCUGAUUAUUUGUCUAUUUCUAAAAUACAAAUUUGAUUUGGAGACAU